AUGGACUCGAGCACCAAAAAACUCGACACUUCCAAAUCGAACUGGGCUGCCGCCACGGAGCAGUCUGCCGCCCAAGAUAGCCGCCGCGAGACGUGGAAGAAUCAUGAAGCUUCUGGUGGCCAAACUGAGAGCAAAGACGGCAAAACAGCCACCGCGAAGGACAACGGCCGCAAGCCGCCUAAAGAUGACGAGGAGCCAGAGUCUCCGAGGAUUUUCACUUGA